AUGUCAAUUUACCCCGACUCGUUCUUAGAACUAUCGCUACAGAUGUGUACUCGUGGGACGUUGUUAAUGGUGGGUUCCUCUUCGUUGCAUAUAUCGCGCACACUCGAGACGUUGAAAAUCUUAGAGCCGUUCAACGAUGACGGAACGUUCCGAACCGACGUUUUCUUUACAACGACCGGUACCGCUUACAUUGACACAGCCCUCAAGGCAGCCCGAGCAGCCGAUCCUCAGGCCAAACUCUACAUUAACGACUUCAAUAUCGAAGGAACCGGUGCCAAAUCCACAGCUAUGUUCAACCUUGUCAAAGGUCUUAAAGCUCGUGGAAUUCCCAUCGACGGUAUUGGUGUACAAGCUCACCUUAUCGUUGGCCAAGUUCCAAGCACUUUACAAGCCAACCUGCAACAAUUUACCAGCUUGGGAGUUGAAGUUGCGCUCACCGAGUUGGAUAUCAGAAUGACUUUGCCUGCCACGAGCGCGUUGCUCGCCCAGCAAGAGAAGGAUUAUCAGACUGUUAUCUCAGCGUGUAAGGCGGUGUCGAAGUGUAUCGGGGUUACGAUUUGGGAUUACACUGACAAGUAUUCAUGGAUUCCGGGUACUUUCAGUGGUCAAGGAGCCGCCUUACCUUGGGAUGACAACCUGGCCAAAAAGCCUGCUUAUGACGGGAUUAUUGCCGGUUUUGCCUCUUGA